AUGGAAGGAGGAAGAGACCUUCUGGAAAGGGGGAUGUCCUCUUUAAUGGUAGCAGAAGGCCAGAGAGCCAAACCCAACGCUCCCCCUUUGGUCGUCAAGGGGCAAUGGACAGCUGAGGAAGACCAGUUGAGCAUCAACUUCACCUCCCUCCCCCUCACCCCCGCUCUUCACCGCUGAGAAUUCUCUCCUGAGGAUUCAUCAGCCUUUUGGUUUUGCUUUCACCAUUUCUCUCUCUAUAUGCGGCUGAUCGAUCGAGUGGCUGACCUCCGUGUCCACCAUUGUCGUUUGUAAUGUACCUGAAGGCUCCUGGUCGAUCUUGUGGAGACAUACGGCGACAAGAAGUGGUCUCACAUAGCGAGGACGCUCGUCGGAAGGGUUGGGAAGCAGUGCCGAGAGAGGUGGCAUAACCAUCUCCGCCCUAAUAUCAAGGUUCGUUUUUUCUCCCUAGAGAAGCAUUAAGACCGAGAGAGAGGCAGAGGAUCAUGCUAAACCCUAGAGAAACGGCUUGGUUCCGUCGAACAUCGUCUAGAGCAAGCUGCAUUUCUCGACCUUGGGUCCAGCGACCUCUUUGGGCGUGACAAAAAUCGCAUCUUUAGCAUAAUUCUCCAUCAAGAUGUUCAUGGUGUUUUCUCUUAGAUUUUGAUUUUGUUUCCCCUAAUCACCGCCAUUACCAACGCCAUGGGUUGUGAUGAAAAUCACAUGUUGUCCAUAAUUCUCCAGUCAGAUGUUAUCUGUCGCUCUUCGAUUUUGAUUUCUCUUCUUGGGAUCAUCGCCAUUAACUCUCUGGGGAGUGACGAAACAAAGCCCAUUUUCCGCAUGCGGAUCCUCCUCGUUGGUCCCCGGUUUUGAUUUUCUUCCAUUAAUGGUCACCAUUAUCAUCCUCCUUGGGUGUGAAUAAAGCACCUCUUUUAGCAUAAUUCUCCAGUCUUAUCCUCGUGGGUUUUCAUCGUCUUCCCCUAGUCACUCCCCACGGAGAGAACGAGGUACCGUUUUCCAGUAUUAUUCUGUCGUUGAAUGGUCCUGGACACUCCCGGUUCUGAUUUUCUUCCCUGUUUAUGGGGUGUUGGAGCGGCAGGACUCAUGGACUCAAGAGGAAGAGAUGGCGCUGGUGGCAGCCCACGCCGAGCUGGGCAACAGGUGGGCGGAGAUAGCCAGGAGGAUCCCCGGUAGAACCGAGAACUCCAUCAAAAACCAUUGGAACACCUCCAAGCGCAAGCGCCUCGCCAGGAGGAAGUACCGCAGCGCCGCUACCGCUGCCGGUGAGCCCCAUCUCUCGGUGCUCCUCGAGUACAUGAACAGCCUCGACCAGCUGCCCUCCGCCGAGGAGGGCAAGGCCGGCAAUGCCGCUGAGGUGGGCCCCGCUUCGGAGCAGAAAGUAGAGUGGACGGCUGGAUGGUGCCCAGCUGGCCUAGAACCCGAGGAUGAGGAGGACCUUUCUAUCAUUUUUGACUGGAAUAAUGAAUCUUCUCCUCUCCCUCCCACCCCCGUCAACGAGGAACCCGUGGAGAUGAUCUUCUACGGUGGCGAGGUUUCCAAGGCGGAGGAUGAUGAGGGAAAGGAGCUUGAUAUCGAUGAGCUGAUAUCUUUUCCUGCUGACGACGAUUCGUGGGAGUAG